AUGGCCAAUGACAGCGGAGGGCCCGGUGGGCCGAGCCCGAGCGAGCGAGACCGGCAGUACUGCGAGCUGUGCGGGAAGAUGGAGAACCUGCUGCGCUGUAGCCACUGCCACAGCUCCUUCUACUGCAGCAAGGAGCAUCAGCGCCAGGACUGGAAGAAGCACAAGCUCGUGUGGCAGGUCGGCGAGAAGGUUUCUGCCCCCGGCACGGGCCAACCGUUAAGCCGGGCCGCGCGCCGCCGCCCAGGGCCGCCGAAGCCAGGGAGGCCAGGAAGGCGGCGCCGCGCCGGGACCGAGCCGUCGAGGCC